GCCACCUUCGGUCGGUCGGCAUGCAGGCCGUUCCGUCAGCCAGCAGUGGCGGUUCUCGAGAUACGCCUGGAAGUAGGCCAACUCAGUUACUCUCGAGCAGUACUGCUGGUUGACCGUGUUUUGCGGGAUCGCGGGUCCUUGUCGAUUACGAAAUUCGGGCUUUCGGACGUGGUUUCAGUUUUCUUCUCCGGGUGCUAAAAGGUCGCGCGGUUUUUGUUUUGUUUGACGACGGACGGUGAGAGCAGCGGAAGAUACGUGUGGGCUGGUUUUUUUUCUCUAUGUGUACGCCCUGCUUAUCCGGAUGAACCGGAGACGUAGCCUUUGUUGUUUUUGCCGAAAAUUGGACCAAUCGAACGGGGGAAGGGCGUACAGUAUUGUGGCAAGUUUCGCGGUCACCGAAGUGGAAAUCGAUCCGGACGCCUACCGAUAGGCAGUGUGCGUGUGUGUAGAUCCGGGAGCAGUGAAGGAGGUGUAGUUUUUGUCGGUUGCUCCAGUUUUUCGGCUACUGGAGAAGCUCUCGUAGGCCGCACUUUCGAUGUGGGGCAGGCGGUUUUAAAAUUGAUUAAUAAUCGGUGGCGGUGGGAAAUAGUUUGUGUUUUUCGUAUGGCAGUGAGAAAUGGUGUCAAGUAAUAAAUCAAAUAAAGUUGAUUGUGGGUAAUAUUGCAGUCAUUUAGUAGUGUUUUAUAUUAAGAAAAAGUGUUGCAUAUAAAUUCUUGGUAUAAGAAUAUAAUUGUUUGAUGUGUUGUGGAAGAAAGUAGUGAGUCCGUGAAGUUGAAAAAAAGCUCAAUGUUGAAGUUAGAAGCUACUAAAUAAAUAAACAACGAUUAAUUCGAUUGUGCAAUUUUUUAUUCUCAGUGUGUUUACUCUUUUCCAGAAUAAAAAAAUCAAAUAUUAGUAAAUAAUAGUAAAUAUUUGACACAAGGCAAUCCACUUAUUGUACCCACGAACAGUUCAGUCGUCCGGAACUCCAGCUAGCGGAAGCGAAUGCUCCCGCUGACAGUUUGAAUAUCCUACCGGACGACGGCCGGUCAGGAUUAUCACCUCGAGGACCACCCGUGGCUUCCGGACCGAGUCAACAACAGCCUUUCCGGUUGACCCUAGAAGGCCACAAACUUCCACCGCUUUCGCCCAGGAUCAGCUGCAAACCUACCGGAGGCUGACACGCUGCAAAGCCCCUGGGGAAAUCUACGGACCGGCAUUUAUCGGUUCAGCCGCCGCAUUCAUCAAAAUAGCGGAAAAAUAGACCCGAAUCGUUUCAGGUAGCAAACUGCCCUGCAGCUUGCCAGUGGCAGGCAGCCGAAAAGUAAAACAUAACGAUGGAAACAUAAAUUAGAGAGACGAUAAAUUUCCCGUUUUCCAUAGGAGAGCUGCUGCCGGUGCAGCACAGCUCCAAUGUCCGUACACACAAGUAUACACACAUCAACUGGCGGCAGCGGCAGGAGUUGUGCCAACGCAGAAGAGAAAUGGCUCGCGGUGAACUAUACUGAACUGGAACAGUGCAACGGUGUUAAAGGGUUGAAUCUGCAGCGCGGCGAAAGAAACUGCGAAGAGAAAAAUAAAGCAACUGAGCACCAUUAAACGUCGAUAGUGCGGAGUGAAACCGGGAUAAAAAGCUGCUUACCUAAAUAAAUAUUUGCCAACCGAUCGACUGGACGGGAAAUUCUUUGUUUGUACCGGUCAGCUUUGUAUGAAGAAGGAAGCAUCUAAAAGCGAAAAACUGAGUGUUUAUCUCAACUCGAUGAACGGGGGAGUCGAUGCGGGAGGUAUUUUGAAGUAGGGGGUUUAAGAAUGAGGGUGUGAAUAUGUGUGGCUCUAAAACGCCUGAAGGCUAAGAAAGGUGAUUCUGUGACGAAAAUCUCCACUCGUGACCCACUUUUUAUACACGGUGUGUUUGUUCGGGUAUCAAUUUGUCCGAAUUGAUUAAUUGGCAGGACGGAAAUUGUUGGGCCGUCAGAGUGACCUGGCGAGAGUGAUAAAUCGUGCGAAACUGGGACACCUGUAGGACUGAAGUUGCCGCACAUCCUCACCGCGAAUAUUCGGAUCUGAUUGACGACCCUGGUUUGAGUGCGGCUUUCGGCUCGGAAAGGCAAACAGGAAAACGUUGGUGCCUGCCUACAACAAUUUAUGGCGAAGUAAAACCGGCGCAUUAGCCUGAAUUCAAUUCCUGAAGAUAAUCGCACAUUCAAACGAACGCAAUCUCAACGGUAGCGAGGCAACUGUAACAGGAUGAAGAUACUGUGCGGUGGAAUCAUACGAAGAAACCGUUGCCGCACAUCCUCACCGCGAAUAUUCGGAUCUGAUUGACGACCCUGGUUUGAGUGCGGCUUUCGGCUCGGAAAGGCAAACAGGAAAACGUUGGUGCCUGCCUACAACAAUUUAUGGCGAAGUAAAACCGGCGCAUUAGCCUGAAUUCAAUUCCUGAAGAUAAUCGCACAUUCAAACGAACGCAAUCUCAACGGUAGCGAGGCAACUGUAACAGGAUGAAGAUACUGUGCGGUGGAAUCAUACGAAGAAACCGCUGCGUGGCCACGCCCUAAUAGCAAGAAUCUACGCUGAACUCGAUACAAAAGGCUGCGUGUAGGAAAUUCAGCUUCAGUCUAGUUUGUCACACAAUAGCGAGUGGAGUUUACUAGAUGUUAGAGAUCCAAUUAAAACAGUUAUCAUUUCAACCGGAACCAUUCUGAGUGUCAUCGGAGCGAAAGCAACGACAACAGAAGCAUCAGCCCGCUUGGGUUGUUGUAGAGAAGCUGAGGCCACCCCGCUGGUACUGGAUCACAACGACUAGUCUUACAGUAUCCGCCGCCAGCACCGUCGCCGUCGCCACCGCCACCACCAACGCAGCCAACGACCACCACCGGACGACGGGGUGGACGCUGCUGGGUGGGGGUCAUGCGUCGUCGGAAGCCCAUCGAAGGCUUCCUUCUGUGUGGUCUUUUCUUCUGGACGCUUCUGGUGCAUCAAAUCUCGACAUGUUUAGCAAUCCAGCUGGAGGAACGGAUGGAAAUUGUGCGCAAAGUGCUGAAGGAAGUGCCUUUGAUCGAUGGUCACAACGAUCUGCCGUGGAACAUUCGCAAAUUUCUCAAGAACCAACUGCGGGAGUUUCGCUUCGGCGAGGACCUUCGCGACAUUACACCGUGGUCGACCAGCGCCUGGAGCCACACCGACCUGCGGCGGCUGAAGGAGGGCAUGGUUUCGGCACAGUUCUGGUCAGCAUAUGCACCGUGUUCCUCGCAGCACCUAGACGCCGUACAGUUAACGCUAGAACAGAUAGACUUAAUACGCAGAUUAGUGAAUCUGUACCCGCAGCAUAUGGCUCUUGUGACGACAGCCGACGGCAUUGCGGAAAGCCACCGCUCCGGCAAACUGGCCAGCCUGAUCGGCAUCGAGGGUGGCCACUCGAUCGGUACCAGUCUGGGGGUACUGCGGACCUUCUACCAGCUUGGGGCCCGCUAUCUGACGCUAACGCACACCUGCAACACACCGUGGGCCGACUGCUGCAAAGUUGAUGAACCGGGCCGGGUUCCCCACAUCGGGGGCCUGUCGCACUUCGGCACACUGGUGGUCACCGAGAUGAACCGGCUCGGGAUGAUCGUCGAUCUAUCGCACGUGUCGGUGCCAACGAUGCUGGAUGCGCUGGCCACCUCCAAGGCACCCGUCAUCUUCUCUCAUUCGUCGGCUCACGCCAUCUGCAACAGCUCGCGGAAUGUACCGGAUCACGUGCUGAAGCGAUUGUCUGCCAAUGGUGGCCUGGUCAUGGUUGCUUUCUACCCACAUUUCGUUAGUUGUGGCGAGAAGGCAACCCUCAAGGAUGUUGUCGCGCACAUUAAUCACAUCCGGGACGUGGCCGGAGUGGACCACGUCGGCAUCGGUGCCGGAUACGAUGGCGUCAAUCUAGUACCACAAGGACUAGAAGACGUAUCGCGGUAUCCGUAUCUAUUCGCCGAGUUGCUCAUCUCGGAAAAGUGGACCGAGGAGGAUAUCGCCAAACUGGCGGGGAAAAAUUUGAUUAGAGUCUUCAAACAAGUCGAACAGAUUCGUGACCAACUGGAAGCACAAGGCAUGCUGCCAAUCGAUCAAUCGAUCCCACCGGAGGAUAUACUCGGGAGAUCCUACUGCCGCUAUUCGGGCCCACGGACGUGACGCAAACGAAAUCUUCCCGGAAGUUACCAACUUUCAUUAAACCAAUCAAAGGUCCGUCAUGCCAACGGUGUAAGAUAAAUGCAACAAAUAAAUCACACACAAAAAAGAACAAAAACAAACUAGCACAUUUGUACACACAUUUACCACAGUAGGAUAAAGUUCACCAAAAAAUUAUUAAAAAAAAAAACUCUAUACCAAAUCGAAAUAUCUCACGCCACACGGAGUCGAAUGUUGAUCGCAAGAGAGAAACGAAAAAAAAAACACAAGCCAACAAUCAAUCGAAAAAGUUGAUUUUAUUACUAGCGAGAGGUGAGAGUAAUAGGCAGAGAGAAAAGAGUUCGCAUAUCAUAAGCUAACAAAAAAAUUUGACACGGACCCAACCAGAUGAAUCUUAAAACCAUUGAACAAAAAAAUAAAGAUACUUUACGAAAACACUACCAAAUUCCCCCAAAGAAACACGAAACAAUUUUUCGUAUAUUUUUCUAACUGAUAGAAAAUUUAUCAUCAACUCUCAAACACACACAACAAAAAUUCACACAUCCACUCUAGAGCAUCACGCACCAGGCUGACCCCGUUCAUCCUGUUCUUCAGUUUCGGCGAAAAAACUGCAGAUCAAAACCAAACAUUGUGGAACGAAAAUAAAUUCUAAAUGAGAAAUUUUAGGCUAAAGCAGUGUAAAGAAAAAUCAAGUGAAAUUUAAUCAAACAAUAACUGUGUAGAAAUUACUGACAUGUUACAUAAUAAAAAGGGACAAACAAUUCCAAAGGAAA